AUGGGAGAAACCGGAAUCAUUGUCCGGUUCCAGGGAAGCUUAGACCCAAGAGCUGAAGAGUUCAGACCAACCAUCACCAACCCCAUUAUUCAUUGCCAAUGGUACCCUCUUCCUCUUCCUCUACCCAUGCCAUUACCCUUGCCCUUACCGCACCCUCUUCCUCUUCCUCCUCCUCCCCCUCCUCACCUCUCCACCUCCUCCACCCGCUCCCUUCUCCUCACGCCGCUUCCCCUCACCUCUGACUCCGCCCUCCGGGCUGAACUCCAGGCCUUCGGCGAAGUCAGAGCCCUCCAAACUGAAGCCCUCCGCCAUGGAAUCCUCACUGUCCACUUCUACGACCUCCGCCAUGCAGAGUCCGCCUUCGCUGCCAUCCGCUCCAUGCACCACCACUUCCCUCAAUUCCCUCCAGCUGCUGCCGCUGCCCCCGGUCUCCUCUCCGCUCGCCCUAUCUCCGCUCACUACGUCCUCCCCUCUUCCUCCUCCACCGCCCUUCCCGAUGCCCACAACCAAGGCACCCUCGUCGUCUUCAACUUAGACCCUCACCUCUCCACCGACCACCUCCGUCGACUCUUCCAACCUUUCGGUCCCAUUAAGGAAUUGAGAGAUACCCCAUGGAAAAAGAACCAAAGAUUCGUGGAGUUCUUCGACACCAGAGACGCUGCCAAGGCCUUGAAACACAUGAACGGCAAGCAAAUUCACGGCAAACCCAUAAUCAUUGAGUUCAGUAGACCCGGUGGUCACACUCGCAAGUUCUUCCACCACCCUCCUUCAUCCAAAACCAUGACUCUCGAUUUUAAUGCCCCACCACCCUUCCCAGCUUCCCCGCCACGUCGUUUUGCUGCUGCUCCUCGCUCGCAUAGCUCUCAGCCUCAAUUGUCUCACAAGAAAUCAUUGGGAAGCCCCGACAAGAAUGAAGGAUCUGUGGAUGAGGCAAUUGGAUCAAUGAAUUUGACCGGGGAAGUUGGCAAUGGGGUUGAAGAGCAGCAGCAUUCACAUGGUGGUGGCCCCCCAAGGAGGAAUCUUAGCAGAAAGCAGAAUUGCGAGAGCACGCCAGUAGUAGCAACCACAAAACAACACCAACAACCACAGCAACUACCUAGAAGUAGGCACUGGAAGGGAAAGCAAGCGAAGAAACACGAAGCUCGCUUUCUAAUCAAAGAGGAUGCCAUUGUUGAGUCUGUUACCAAAGAUACUCGAACUACUGUCAUGAUCAAAAACAUUCCCAACAAGUACAGUCAGAAGUUGCUAUUAAACAUGCUGGAUAACCACUGCAUACACUGCAACGAGCAGAUUGCAGACGGCGAUGAGCAGCCUCUAUCCUCCUACGACUUCGUGUACCUCCCCAUUGAUUUCAACAACAAGUGCAACGUGGGAUACGGGUUCGUGAACAUGACAUCCCCGGAGGCAACACUGAGGCUCUACAAGGCCUUCCACCUUCAACAUUGGGAGGUUUUUAAUUCAAGAAAAAUCUGUGAAGUCACCUAUGCUAGAGUUCAGGGUUUGGAGGCAUUGAAGGAGCACUUUAAGAACUCAAAGUUCCCAUGCGAGAUGGAGCAUUACCUGCCAGUGGUGUUUUCACCACCUCGAGAUGGGAGGGAACUGACGGAGCCACUUCCACUAGUGGGGAACAACACCAACAGGCAGCAUCAACCACCUAAUUCAAUUCCAAGCUGCAAUGAGAAUGGCGGUGAUGACGUGGCAAGCUGCAAAAGCGGCGGCGUAGGUGAUGAUGAUGAUUACACAACUGGAGAAGUGGGUGGUGGAGGAGGCCUAGAUAAUUCUCAAGGGUAG